AUGGCUACAGCUUCUAAUAUUGAUGAUCUUCUUCAAUGUCCAAUUUGUUUGGAAAUCUUUCAUGAUCCUAAAGUUCUUGAUUGUCAACAUACAUUUUGUGCCAAUUGUUUAAAAGUACAUCUAGCAUCACCAUCAUCAAGCAUAUUACGUACAUCAAAUGCAAUUGAUUGUCCAAUAUGUCGUCGAAGAUCAAAUUUAAUUAAUAAUUCAAUUGAUAGUUUACCAGGAAAUUAUAUUGUACGUGAUAUAAUUGAACGUAAAUAUGGUACAACAACACCUGAACGUCCACCUGAUUAUAAUCAACAAAUUCAAGAUCGUAUAGAAAAAUUGCAAAAAACAGAAGAAGAAGAAGAUGAUGAUGAUGAUGCUAUUAAAUAUUCGAAUUAUGUAAAACCAGUAGCUGCUGCUCUUGUUGGUGUAGUUGGUGGUUUACUUUUAGCUAAAGGUGUUAAAAAAUUACGUGACAAUAAAAAAAAAACGAAAUCGACAUUGAAGAAAAAUGAUUAUACAUUGAUAUGA